CGCCUGCCGAAUUCAGAGUGGCGCAAAUAUAAGAUUUUAUAAACAAACAUUUCAAGUAUUGUAGUAAAACUACGCCAACCGGCCUGUCAUUCUUGUAGUGUUUGUAAAAAAAGAAAACUUUUAUUUAUUAGAAUAUAUUUAUCGAUCCCAAAAUGUGCCCUUGUAAAAAAUACAUUGUUAUUUCAGAUGAAGAUAAUGGAUAUCCUUUGGAAACAUUUUGUAUUCCUCGCCAUUAUACAGAUGAUUUGGAUAGAGUUCUUGUACCAUGUGGACUUAUUCAUGAUAGAAUUGAGCGUUUAGCUAGAGAUAUUGCUCAGGAUUAUAAUGAUCAGCCCUUUACAGCUUUAUGUGUUCUUAAAGGGGGCUACAAAUUUUUUGCUGAUCUCCUUGAUAAAAUAAAACAGUAUGUCCGUAAUAGCAGUGCUCCAACUGGUGUUAUUUCUGUAGAUUUUAUUCGACUUAAAAGUUAUGAGGGUGCAGAUUCUUCUGGACAACUGAAGGUUAUGGGAAUUGAUAAUCUGAUGACUUUAGAAGGAAGGAAUUUAUUGAUCGUGGAAGAUAUAAUUGAUACUGGUUUAACAAUGAACAAUUUGUUAAAAUUACUUCAGCAGUUCAAUCCAAAGUCUGUUAAGGUUGUAAGUCUUUUUGUGAAAAGAACCCCGAAAAGCAGUGGUUAUAGACCUGAUUAUACUGGAUUUGAAGUUCCCAACAAAUUCAUUGUAGGAUAUGCACUUGACUACAAUGAAUUUUUCCGUGAUUUAAAUCAUGUCUGCAUUAUCAGUGAAACUGGUAGGUUAAAAUAUGCAAAAAAAUCUUAGGAAAGAUUAUGCUUUGCUUAAAAGAAUCUCUGACCGUGUGAUAAACUAUCUCUAACUAUAAUUCUCAAAUCUGUAUAUUAAAGAAGUUUGUAAAUUUUUUUUCAUAGAUUUUUUCCUUUUUAUUUAUUUUUUUAUGAUUAUAAUUAGAGAACUUUUACAUUGUUAUUCUGAAAUAUUUAAUUCUCAUCUUGUGUCUUCAAGCUUAUAUGGAAAAAGGUAUAUU